AUGUAUGGAACACAUGAUUUCUUCACGGUGCAGGCUGCUUUGGGGCACUACAGUACUUGCAAGGAGGGAGGUGGCAGCUAUGUCGGGGUUUACUUCAAUGCUGUGGGGGAGGAAGACCCAGCUGGCGCAGGCUACGCGUUGGGCAUGUGCAUCCCGUCACUCCAUACCACCUACAGCUCCGCAGUCUCCACCAUCGUGGCGUGGCGUUUGGGCCUUCGUAUGGCCACCGCCUACCCGGGCGUGGCCAUCGAUGCAGACAGCGUCCGUUCAGCAGAGCUGAUGCACCGGAAUGAGCUGGAGAUCGGUUGGGCCAUCAUUGGCUUGGGACGGAGUGGGACCACCAGCCUGGCCGCCUGGUUGGAUAGCCAUCCCAACUUGGAGCUCCUGAGCGACCCAGAGGACCAUUUCCGUGAGGGUUCCUUCGACUACCUCUUCCGCCGGAGCCACCUGGAGCACCUCAUCCGCCGCGACGAGCUGCCGAGUGCUGCGCGUGCUGGUUCCGCGGGUCCGGUCCGCGGGCGACGGACGCCAUUGGUGGGCAUUAAGGAGCCGAACCUGUUGCGCUCCAGCAGGGGGAGGCAGAUCAUGGCGGAGAUGAAGAGAACGAAGGAAUUGGGUGGACUGGCUGAAGAGCGCAGCCCUCUUCAUCCGCCCAACGCCUUGCUUCCCAAGGAACUUGGCCAGGCAAGCCUGGAGUUCGAUUUCUUAGGAGUGGCACGCGAGCGCAUCAAGGUGGUUCACUUGGACACCCUCCGGGCUGAGGGCCCUGCCGCCCUGCGCCGCCUGGGCGCCUUCCUGGGGGCCGGGAACCGGUCGACCGGUAGCAGCGGGAGCAGCGCCGGUGCAAUGCCGCAAGAGGGAGAAGUGGCGGAGGAUGAAGUGGAAUUCUGGGAGGAGUGGAAAGUUGGGCGCAAUGGUGUGUACAAUGACUUGCAGUGGAAUUCUGCAGAAGGGGGUUGGAGAUGGAAACUGCUUCUUGCGUUGGAGGUGGGGAAGGCCACAUGA